AUGACCGCCGAGAGCCGGCUGCCGCCGGGCCCCCCGCCGCCGCCCCCGCCGCUGAAGGCGGACGCGGCGCCGCCGGGGGAGGAGGCGGCGGCGGCGGCGGGGGCACGGGGCGGGCGGCGGCGGCGCAAGCGGCCGGCGGAGCGGGGCAAGCCGCCCUACAGCUACAUCGCCCUCAUCGCCAUGGCCAUCGGGCAGGCGCCCGAGCGGCGGCUGACGCUGGGCGGCAUCUACCGCUUCAUCACCGAGCGCUUCCCCUUCUACCGCGACAGCCCCCGCAAGUGGCAGAACAGCAUCCGCCACAACCUCACCCUCAACGACUGCUUCGUCAAGGUGCCGCGGGAGCCCGGCCGCCCCGGCAAGGGCAAUUACUGGACGCUGGACCCCCACGCCCGCGACAUGUUCGAGAGCGGCUCCUUCCUCCGCCGCAGGAAGCGCUUCAAGCGCAGCGACCUCUCCACCUACCCGGCCUUCCUCGCCGAGCGCCCCGCCGCGCCCUGCCGCCUCUUCCCGCUGCCCGCCCCGCCGCUCGCCGCCGACCUGCCCCCGACCCCCGCCACCGCCUCCUGCGCCUUCGCCGCCGCCUACCCCGCGCAGGGCUGCGCCGCCGCCGCCGCCCUGCCCCACGCCUACGCCCCGCUGCCCACCGCCCCCGGGCCCUACGCGCCGAGCGGCCCCGGGCAGCUGUACGCGCCGUCGGGGCGCAUCGUGCUGCCGGCCUCGCCGCCCGCCCCCGCCGGGCUCUACGGCCGCCGCUCCCCCGCGCCCUACCCGCCGCUGCCCCAAGCCUACGGCGCCGGAGGGCAGCUGGGCGCCGCCGAGCCCGGACCGCGGCACGGCGCCUACCCCGGCGGCCCCGACAGGUUCGUCCCGGCCCUCUGA